AAAGUAGAAUUUUCUUUGCAGGUGUCAAAUUCGUAACAGUGGAGGACAAGUCUAAGAAAAUGGAACUUGCCCGUAAACUACUUGUAAAGCGAAGAAACGUGGAAUACGUGUUGCAAUACGGAAACGUAACGCCCUUUAUGUGGUACAAGGGGAAAUAUAGGUGCUUCUACUGUACUGAACCAAUGAAAGACCCCGCAGCGCUGAGAGAACACACCUCUAACCACGAAACUUCAAACCUAGAGAAUGUAGUCCAUUUUAGAACUAAAAACAACAGGAAUAAGGAUGCGGCUAUUAAAAUUGACGUCACGGGCAUCGGCUGUAAACUCUGUGACAAACCUGUCACGAAUCUGGAGGAGUUCAUUCAUCAUUUAAUCAUAGCACAUGACGCGGAAUAUGACGUGUCGGUCCCGAACUGUCUGUUGCCCUUUAAAUUGGACAAAGAUCAACCCACCUGUCCAACUUGUGAUAUGAAGUUCGUGUUCUUCGAAUACCUUCUCCGUCACGCGAAUAAGCACCAUCUGUCUCAUGACUACAUUUGUGACGUUUGCGGGACCAGCUUCCAAGGAGAAAACCACUUGAAGAUGCACAAUAGGUACUACCACAGGCAAGGUGGUUACACCUGCGACCACUGCGGUGUCAGUUUUGCUACUUUAGCUAAGAAAAUCUUGCACGAAAAGAACGUGCAUCAAGUGAACUUGUCCACGUGUCCCCACUGUCCGGAGAUGUUCAAGAGUCCGUAUUUUAAGAAGCUGCACAUGGCGAAUGUUCACGGCGUCGAAGAAUUAAAGAUCAAGUGUCCAUUUUGCCCGAAAGUCUACCCUCAGGAGAGCAUCAUGUCUCGUCAUAUGCGACGAGUCCAUCUCCGAGAGAAGAAUGUGGAAUGCGAAGUGUGCGGAGACAAAUUCUUUGGUCCAUAUGACGUCAAAUUGCACAUGGUGAAACACAAUGGCGACAAGAAAUUUGUUUGUAGCGAAUGCGGGAAGAAAUUCGCCAAGAAAAGCAACUUGAAUACACACAUGUUUAUCCACACUGGAGAAAAGAAGUUCGUGUGUGAGCAUUGUAACAAAUCAUUCGCUCACAUAACGAAUUACAAAGUCCAUGUUAAGAACCGACACGAGGGAUAUUUUAAAGCGAAUGAAGAACUUAAAGGUGAUCAGUAUAAAGAGGGUAUACCUGUGCUAGACGAAACUGAUCUUAUACAAAUAAUAGAUAAAGAUGAAAUGGACGCUACAGAAAUCAUUGAGCAUUAUAAGCUUUGCUAGUUGAGAAUGAUAAUUUAUAAAGUUUACUCCAAUAGCUAUAAUAAUAACUUAACUUUUACUUAUGUUAAUCUAAUAAUAUGUUCAUGUUAUAUCAGUUAUUUAAAUAAACAAAAGUUCACUGUAUCACUUAAAAUUUUAGAAAUAAAUA